AGCUGCCAGAUGCCACAUAGAGCUAGAAAAGUUUCAGCCUGGCGAAUACACACCGGGGUAAUUUUUUCUGUACAAAUUUAUCUAGCAUUCGUUAAAUGCUUUGUUCAGAUCAGUGCGGACGGGGUUAGUUUGCAAAAAAAUUGGCGUAAUACCGCAGUGGACUAAAGAAGGUGAACGUUCACUGGUUACAUUACUGCAGGUACAGAAUAAUAUCGUGAUGAAAUAUGUCGAUCCUGAGACUUUUUAUAAAUUCUCAAGUGUUGGCAAAAAAGAAGGACGUGGCAAAUUGGGGCGAAUUAUUAUCGGUGUCAAUCCUGAUAAUCCACAGAAGUAUACAGCGGCAUAUCGCGGACUCUUUGAGGAAGCUGGCAUCAUGCCUGCAGAAAAGAUUGUUUCCUUUGCUGUGACCCCAAACUCCGCUUUGGCACCGGGAACUCGUCUUUAUGCGCAGCAUUUCAAAGUCGGUCAGUACGUUGACUUAUGGGGCAAAACAAUAGAUUAUGGUUUUCAAGGAGUUAUGCGUCGUUGGAAUUUCAAGGGCAUGCCGGCAACACAUGGUGUUACAAAGUCCCAUCGACGUACUGGUUCGAUAGGCACAACGGUUAGUAAGCCUCAGUUGUUUGCUUCCUUGUUUCUACGUGUCAAUGCUUUAAAUGGUCUUUGCUUACGGUAUGCAUUGUGUCGAGUGUCAGUGAAGCGAGUUAAUUACAGUUCUGUUAUAUCUAAAAUAUGUCCUGAUUCUGCUACAUAUAAACUGAAGCUUUCAAAUCUGGCUCGUAGUGGAACAAGACUUUUAUAUCCUACAUUCUUCUUUCUAGUUAUUUUUGAUCGUAUAGAUGAUGUUGAUAAGUGUAGAGUAACAAAUCAGACGCCCUCUUUGGGUAAUCGUUGCUGUGAGGCAACUCGCCAAAUAUUCAAAUAUAACCGCAUUUAA